CUGCAGGAUGAAGCUGGCCACCAGCUUCUUGGUCUUGUGGCUCAGCGUGGGGGGAGCCCUGGCUCAGAGCGACGCUGGCCCUGAAGCUGAGGAGUCUUACUCUGACUGGGGUCUCAGGCACCUGCGGGGCAGCUUCGAAUCCGUCAACGGCUACUUCGAUUCCUUCAUGGAGCUGCUGGGAGGGAAGAAUGGGAUCUGUCAGUACCGGUGCCGAUAUGGAAAGGCACCAGUGCCCAGACCUGGCUACAAACCUCAGGAGCCCAAUGGCUGCGGCUCCUAUUUCCUGGGUCUCAAGGUACCAGAGAGUAUGGACUUGGGCAUUCCUGCAAUGACCAAGUGCUGCAACCAGCUAGACGUCUGCUAUGACACGUGUGGCGCCAACAAGUAUCGCUGUGACGCCAAAUUCCGAUGGUGCCUCCACUCCAUCUGCUCCGACCUUAAGCGGAGCCUGGGCUUCGUCUCCAACGUGGAAGUAGCCUGUGAUUCCCUGGCUGACACCGUGUUCAAUACCGUAUGGACCUUGGGCUGCAGGCCCUUUAUGAACAGUCAACGGGCAGCUUGUAUCUGUGCAGAAGAGGAGAAAGAAGAAUUAUGAGGCUGAGGUGGCUCGGCAGUUGUCAGUCUCAGAGCCGGAGCGGCGGAUGUGUGUAAUCCUCUCUCCAGCCGGUACGGGUGACACAAAGCAGGAGAAGCAAACAGUGCGUCAGGUCCUUUGAGGAAGGCUGAGAGAUGCAGAGAGAUGAAGCCAGCGUCGCUCUAACACUGUUCUUCCCGACCAAGACACGUUCACCUGGAAAUUCAGUUCUUAGCAAAAAGACCACACUGCAAGCAAACCCUGCAAUUCCUAAAACUGAUCAUUAUAUUCAUAAGCAAAAUUUUCAGCAGCCCAACCCUUUGGGAAGCAAUGACUUUCCUUUGGCCUGGUUUCCUCAGUUGCCAGUGAGCAGCUCACAUUUAAUAAAGUACUUUUUAGAAAA